AGUAUCUCUUUCUUGUUGAUGGCAGUGCUCACACCCAUUUUUACGCUAUUUGGGAAAGUAAGUACAACAUCGACAGGAGCUGAUGAUAAUAUGUCUUCCUCGUCGUCGACAGGUUUCCUCGACAUCUUAGUACAGUACCUUUCUUGUGGAGGCUGUUGUACAUCAUCCACAACUUCUACUUCUCAUCAAAGUGGUGGUGACACAAGCAUCAAUAAUGACUCCCUGUUAUUUGCACCCGUACCACCAGAAGAGGAGCAAGGCGGAUUUGCCUUAUUCGACCGUCUUGUUCGAGAGCGAGAGGCCGAAGAACGCGCUGCAAAGUGGAAUCUCGAAGCAGCGCGUUUGCGAGCAGAAGCGUUCGCCAAACAGAAGGAAGAAUGGAUACAGGAGUGGAAAGAGGAGAGACAACGACGUGUCGAGGAGACGACUUCAGGCGCACUCAAGUCUUGUUAUGGGAUGUUUGAGGACACCAAUAUUAGCACUACUGUCAAAGCAAUCAGCAUAAUACCUGAUCACCCACUGGAGAGGGUCAUAAGGCGCGUAUUGAAAAGUAACGGCGGACCACAACAACAAGCAGAGAUAUUUUUCGCUGCUUUGAUGCCAGCAUCGUCUGAGAAGUCCCAGGAGCAGAAAGUCAAUACCGAGGCGAGUUAUCAGGAAGAUGGCGAACUCUAUGAUCUGAUAGUGAAUGCAGGUCCGCCCGCGACCUUUCACCCGUUAUUAAGGGUUAACCAAUUACAUACCCCACAACCAUUCCUCACUCUUUUCCCAGUAGGAAAGAGGUGAGGGAUGUUCUGAAGAAUGUAAUGCUGCAACCUUUAACGUUAACACCUUUUGACGGAGCUAGUGCUGGUCUUCACGCAGUAGGAUCCCAUUCUCAUCUCAUCUCGAGUUUCAGGCGCAGAGAUGAGAAAAGGUCCUUCCAAGAUGCAUUGGAUGAGCAGUAUAAAGAGAUGCUGGCGAAGUAUACGAGCACGUACGAGGACGAACAAGAUGGAGCCGCUAGAAUCGAUGUCGAUGAGCGAACAAGAAAUCCUUAUCGAGAAGACUUCUGGAGUCGACAGGUCGAAUACUUGGCUCAAUGGUUGCCUUACAUAGACACGACCUCGUUCAGAAAUAGAGCUGCAGCAAAGCCAAACAACAAGGACCACAUCCUCAUCAUAUUCCUCUUGCAGUUGAUCUGGAUUCGCGCACGUCAAACACCGAAUAUUGUUUUGGACGUGGAGAAGAAGGUUGCGUCGCGAUCUCGUACCACCUCUUCUAGUGGUCCAAGGUUGCAUUAUGAAAUGGAUCCUGCGUAUGCACUCGCAGCUUUGGACACUAGUCGCGGUCAUUUGCUGCCUCUAGAAGCAGUAACAGACGACGUAGUGGCUGAGAUGAGACGGUUGUUCGCCAAAGAAACUGAGGAGGGAACUGGAAAUGAAUCUUCAACCAAUCAGAAGAAGGAGACCAUCGCACCAGAGCCACCAGCAAGAACAGAUACUGCAGAAAAUUUUUUCGCAUCUACAAUUUCCAGUCGUGACUUGUUUGAUGAGGAUGGUACAACUGAUGUUACUGGAACUGGCAUAAGUAGCCUAAAUCCUGCUGCUGCUCUUGCUCCAGAAGUUUCCAUAUCCGACUGCAGACGCAAGCUCUUAGAGGAGAUUGAUAGUCUUCAGUUACUAGCAGAAUAUCGGCUUCUGGACUGGUCAACGGUGUCAUCUUCACUAAGACCCGUUAUCGAACGAAUCCAAAGGCGCAGACUGCAAGAAGGAAGAGAUGCAUUGAAGGCAGGAUCGGUUUUCUUCAGAGGCAAGGGCAACACGAAAGCAACUUCAUCUAGUUCUACUUCUCCUAAAGGCGCGGCUUCUAAAACAACGACCCAGUCAAGAUACGAGGAAGAGCAGUUGCUACUAGCGAGGCUUGAAGAAGCGACCGGAGUUUCUUUGGCUAAGGCUGUGGCUGUGUUGAAAAUUUCUUACUAACUUUGAUGCAGUUCUUGUUGUAGAUUUGCUACUGUUAAUCCACGAUAAAAACCAUCGCUCCCCUUCAUCUAAUUCCCCUGAAAAACUCCCUUCCUCUUCGACUUUUUAUGAUUGGCAUGAGGAACAAAAGCCUGGCAUAAAUGAGAACGAAAGUCACGGGAAACAACUGCUAGACGAAGCUUUGUUUUGGACAGUUCUGCUGGGAGCUGCGACGAGCAACUUCUACUCAACCACUGGCAUUGCUAGUACUUGUGGUGGCGGAGCGGGAGGCACUACGGCUACAACUGCUUCUACUAAUCAUAGUACUUCUACUAGCAGUAGCACCACCACCGCUUCUACUAAUUAUAGUACUUCUACUAGCAGUAGCACCACCACUGCUUCUACUAAUUAUAGUACUUCUACUAGCACCACCACCAGUAGUGCUUGUACAACUUCUUCCUUGUCUCGUGUACUUGCGCUCACAAGUUCCCGUUUAUUCGAAAAGGAAAUCGGCGUCAGACAACUCUUUCGUUUGCUGAAGGACCUGUUGAAGUGUCUUCAAGAAGAGCUGCAGGGAAACGCGAUGAAAUUGAAAGAGGACGAGCAAGGCGAGCAAGGACUCAAUGGUGAGGACAACGGAAAUUCUACUAGUGAGCAGGACUUCUAUCAUCAGGAACCAACAUCAUCAGAAGAAUACCAAGCACAACUGCUGGUGAUGAUGGAUAAGAAUCUAUACCGACUGUUGUCCUUGGGACGAUUGGAGUUGGCUUUAGCUUUUUGCUUACUCUGUGGCCGCGAAUUAAGCGUAUGGCACCAAAAUACAACUUUUCCUCGUUCCCCAUAAUUAGCAGUUUAUUCUCUUUAAGUUUAAUUACAAGGAAGUGGGAAUCUGAUUUGCAACAGAACCGAAUUAAGGUCCUUUCUGGGACCACCCCCUUUUCUGAACUGAACAACCUUUUUGCCGUUCUUCGAAUACAGAAAUACGUCCCAACCAGAGCUGCCCAAUUUCGUCAAGACGCUUUGAAUAUCGUCGAACGCAGGCUCGUGAAAAACGCAACGUCGUCGAACCUUGCAGCGGCACCUGAAGUUUUGGAGCGGCUCUUGAGGGUGUGCGAUAUGUUGUAGAGGUGGGUGUGCUAUGAUAAAGGGAUGUGCUGCCAGAGCAGCGGGUGUAUUGGGAUAUGCUGUAAAAGGUGCGGAUGCGCUAUGAUAUCCUGCUCUACCAGUGAGGAUCAUAUGCAGCUACAACAAAGGGACUGGGAUAUGCUGUAGAAUUCUAUGUUGGCCGUGGACACUAGAACAGGUUUCUUUAGACUCAGACUUCUUAGACUCUGACGUGCAUGUUUAUACUUCUGAGACUUCUUCCUUACUUAGAUCACUUCGACGACAUUUUGCUGAAAGGGCUAUGCAUGAUCUUGUGUGUUUGCUCUUUGUGUAGAAAUCAAGACUACAGCAGCCCCAUUUCUUUUUAGCAUCUGCUCUUGUUCUUUUCGGAUGCUAGAAACAUAAAGAAAAUUUGUAGAAGAGGCUUGGUGGAAACAUCACCUCACCCGGAUCAUUGAUGUGUCUAUCGUGUUCAGGUCGAACAAGAUGAAAGAUACUAC